AUGCUGCUCGGUGAUGUGGGUUUGGGAAUGAUAAAGAUGAAAAAGCUUUACAACCAGAGAUCCUCGACCUCUUUGAGGGGUGCCGCGCAAACCGAGCGUGAUGGAUGCAUCAUUUUGAUCUGGAUUUGGGCAUGCGCCGGAGUGAAGUUCCACGGUUUGAUGGCCAAACAAAGCGAACGUAUGAAGACGGGCAGCGCGAUUAACGCGAGCGGCUCGGGUCGUUGCCGUGGGACACCGCCCGGCAGUUUGGCGCGGCGGGAGCACGCAGCGUCUGGAGCUUCUCAACUUCAACCACCCCCUCUCCCUUCAAGCACAAUGGCACCCUCGAGAGGUGUGCAGCUGUUGUGUCUCUCCAAAAGCUUCACCAAAUGUCGCAGCAUUCCGCAUCACCCCGUAACGACCGCGACAACACUGGCAUGGCCGAUGCACGCGCGCCGAACUUAUUCGUCGUUCACGGAGACCCUUUCGAAUCCUGCGAAUAAGCUGCAGAGCUACAUCUCUCGCAGCAGCGAUCCGUAUUUGAACCUCAGUAUCGAAGACCACAUUUUGCGCAAGUCGCCGCCCGACAGCACGGUCCUCUUCCUUUACGUGAACCGGCCAUGCGUGGUGAUUGGUCGCAACCAGAACCCGUGGACUGAGGUCAAUCUGAGCAUCCUCAACGCUGCGAGGGGCACGAACGAGCUGAAAGACACCGAACCUCCAGGUAUAGGCGCUGUCGAUCUCGUGCGCCGGCGCUCUGGCGGUGGUACUGUCUUCCACGAUGAAGGCAACCUCAAUUGGAGCAUAACCUGCCCACGCAAUGAGUUUACCAGAGACAAACAUGCUGAGAUGGUCGUGCGCGCAUUGCGCAAGCAAGGCAUCGAGCGGGCCAGGGUCAAUGAACGACACGACAUCGUGCUCGAUCAAGGCCAAGAAAGGCGUCCCUCCGACCCUGAAGACACACACCGUACACCGUAUACAGUCGAUGAGGGAAUACCGAAGCCGUUGAAGGUAUCUGGAUCGGCAUACAAGCUCACACGACAGAGAGCUCUACACCAUGCGACUACCCUUCUGGAAUCGCCAAACCUGCACAUCAUCUCGCAAUAUCUACGCUCUCCGGCAAAGCACAACAUCGAGGCCAAAGGCGUCGAAAGCGUCAGCUCGCCAGUUUCGAACAUUGGCCUGGACCUAAAAGCAUACCAGCAGCGCCUGCAAGAGGUUUUCGCAGUGACGUAUGCUAGUAUCGGCAAGAUCAAUGUCGCUGAGACCGUCGGCGAUGAAUACCUGAACAUCCCCGACAUCAGAAAAGGUUAUGAUGAGCUUCGUACGCAAGAUUGGAUGUGGGCGCAAACGCCACAAUUCGACGCAAAGCUUGACUUCUGUAACGGCCCCGAGAUUACCAUGAACGUGCAUCAUGGCAUCGUAAAGAGUUUCGAUGUCGAGGCCGAGCUUGUGGACGAGACACAUGAGGACAUUCGCUCUGCACUUGUUGGUGUAAAACUGCAAGAUGUGACCGACUGGACAACGCUGCUGCAAGCCAAUGUCGAGCCCUUCAACGACCGAUGCGCCGCCGUUGCGAAGCGGCUGGAAGAGCUGCUGCCCGUUCCUGAGUUUCCGAGAACUUGA